GGCUCGGUGUGCUCGAACUUUCAGCGCACGGCGAACGAAUUCGAUCUUAUCGUCGGUGGGGUUUCCCUUCGUCGAGCAACGAUCUUCUGCGUCGCCGUGUAAACGAUCGAUAGCGCGCCGAUAGAUUGAUCAGUGCGCGUACGUCUCUCGCGGAGCCAUGGGAGCGCACGAAGUGGUGAUCGCGGCUUUGACCGUAUUUAUCGGUGCCUAUUUGCUCACCGGAAACCGCCGACGCGUCAUUUGCGCUCUCUACAAGACCUUACCUAGAGAUGUGCUGGGUGUCUACAGAUUCAUUCGAGUGAAUAUGGUGUUAUGGUGGUGGGAAUCGCGAGGGUGGACGGUGUCGAAGGUGUUCACCAAUAUCGCCACAUCUCACCCCGACAAAAUUGCUUUCAUAUUCGAGGACAAGGAAUGGACCUUCCGGGAUAUGGAGGAAUACAGCAAUCGCGUGGGACGUUACUUCCGCACAAAAUCCUUGUCUCGCGGGGACAGUGUCGCAUUGAUAAUGGACAGUUGUCCCGAGUACGUAGGGAUAUGGCUGGGUCUUAGCAAGGUUGGCUUCGUGGGUGCGCUCAUCAACACGAAUCUGCGCCAGGAUGUUCUGGUACACAGCUUGAAGGCGGCUAAUUGCAAGGCCGUAAUAUUUGGGUCGGAAUACAAAAAUGUGAUUGGUGAUAUAAGGGAGAAAAUCUCGGACUUGCCUCUGUAUCAGUGGUCGGACUUGUCGGAGACGCAGCGUUUGGAGAGAGCGACCGAUCUGAAUACGGAAAUCCGCAGCAUCGAUCCGACACCUCUCGUCGACGACCUUGCUCUUGGUCCACGUGACAAAUUGAUUUACAUCUACACGUCGGGCACCACUGGGGUGCCGAAGGCGGCCGUUAUCACCAACCUGAGAUUUAUGCUGAUGUCUUGCGGCGUUUACUCGAUGUUAAACGUGCGACCUACGGAUCGCAUUUACGAUUCGCUGCCGCUUUAUCACUCGGCGGGAGGAGUGCUCGGAGUAGGCCAGGCUUUGUUGAAUGGUGCCACUGUCGUACUUCGUAAACGUUUCAGCGCUUCCAAAUUUUGGCCGGACUGUGUCCAUUACGAAUGCACGAUCGCUCAAUAUAUCGGCGAACUCUGUCGAUAUCUGUUGGCCGUUCCGCCAGGGCCUUGCGAUACCAAGCACAAAGUGCGACUGAUGUACGGAAACGGUCUAAGGCCGAACAUCUGGAAAAAAUUCGUGGACAGAUUCGGCGUGCCGCAAAUUGGCGAAUUUUACGGCGCCACUGAAGGGAACUCGAACCUUGUCAACAUCGACAAUACAAUUGGCGCCGUGGGGUUCGUGCCGUUGUACGCAGGUUCUUUUUAUCCUGUAGGUCUAUUGAAGGUUGACGAGGAGACCGGGGAACCGGUGAGAGGACCGGAUGGUUUAUGUGUACGGUGUAAACCUGGUGAACCGGGAGUUUUCGUGGGGAAGAUAAACUCGAAGAAGGUAGUGAACGAUUUCAUCGGGUACGUGGACAGCAAAGCGUCCGAGCAGAAGAUCCUCCGCAACGUGUUCAAGAAGGGCGACCGCGUCUUCAAUUCUGGUGAUAUUUUGGUUAUGGAUGAGCUCGGCUACUUCUACUUCAGAGACAGGACCGGUGACACCUUCAGGUGGCGCGGCGAGAACGUUGCCACUUGCGAAGUGGAGGCCGUCAUCAGCAAUGCGAUCGGUUUGAAAGAUGCAGCCGUUUACGGUGUCGAGAUACCCAAAGUCGAAGGCAAAGCCGGAAUGGUUGCUAUUUACGAUCCAAAUAAUACCCUCAACAUCGAUGAAAUGGCGGAAGCUGUGAAGAAGUUGCUACCAUCGUACGCUAGGCCUCUUUUCGUCCGAGUUGUAUCAGAGCUGCCGAUAACUGGUACGUUUAAGCUGAAGAAGAGGAAUCUCCAGCAAGAAGGCUAUAAUAUUAAAACGAUCACGGACCCAGUUUAUUUCCUCGAAAAGUCGGGUGUCUACGUCAGACUGACGGAGCAGUUGUACAACGACAUCAUCGAGGGAAAGGUUCCACUAUAAAAUCGAUGUGCCGAACUUUUUGUAGGAAAUGUUUUAAACAGAAAUAGGGUAAUUCAUGUUUUGUACAAUUUCUAUUUAUUUAUGGAGCGGACUGAGAAAUUCUACCAAAACGGAAAACGUUCAAUUGAUCUUUCGUUUUUACGAAUAUUUACAGGAUUCUACGAUAUCCCACUUUUUGUUUAGGAUUAAUCCGUAGACCAUUUAUAUCUAUAUAUUUACGUUAUACAUUUAUGUUUUUUCUACGAAUUUUGUACUUGGCGCUCAGCGAUUCCAAGUACCGGGAUAAACUAUGGAGUAUAGGUUUAAGGAACGCACAUUGAUAAAAUUACCGAGGAAAAUUCCUUAGAUGCGGGUGUAGAUAUACUGUGGAAGACAGAUUCCUAGAGAAUAAGACUUCAAAAUAUUUUGUAAGCAGAAGUGAUAUGCACCAACUACUGUAAAGUAACGCUGUAAAAUGAAAGUUCUCGUUAUAGUUUAAUAAAUUGUUCUCUGUUAAGAAAAA